UCUGUGACCAUGACUCUUUCCAGUGAGUUUGACGCGUCACAACAUGCAGGAUUUCCUCACGAGGAGGGUGAGAUUGACAUAGUUGGCGAGGGUGAACCAGUCCACGACCGGAUUUAUCAGUGCGCCACGGACCCCGCCUCCUCAGCAGAAUCGGGUGCUGAAUUUGACUCCUCGGAGCAGGACUCCUCUGGGGAAAGCGAGAGCAGCUUCUGUGCAGAGGCGCCACCGUCCAGAAAAGUCCAAAGCAGCUCGGUGAAGCCCCCUUAUUCCUACAUCGCCCUCAUCACCAUGGCCAUCCUGCAGAGCCCGAUGAAGAAGCUGACACUGAGCGGCAUCUGUGACUUCAUCAUCAAGAAGUUCCCCUACUACAGGGACAAGUUUCCCGCUUGGCAGAACUCGAUCAGACACAAUCUGUCUCUCAACGACUGCUUCAUCAAGAUCCCGAGGGAGCCUGGAAACCCGGGGAAAGGCAACUACUGGUCCCUGGACCCUGCCUCGGAGGACAUGUUCGACAACGGCAGCUUCUUGCGCCGCAGGAAGCGCUUCAAGAGAAACCAGCCGGAGUUUGGUAAAGACGGACUCGUGUUUUACUCCUCUUUGAACUGUUACCGGCCGUACGGACAGCCAUACGGCAUACAGAGCCAGGUGAGCCCCGCCCCGGCGGCCCCUGUCCGGUACAUGCCACUGCAGGACGGCCUCGUGAUGCCGACCUCUGCUUAUCACCUUCUACCUCAAACUCUGAACAGUCACGAGAAGCGCAAAGACUCGAGAGCGCAGCUGUGCGCAACAGAGCGCACUGAUCCAAAGCCCGGCCCGGGGGCAAAGUGCUCCUUCAGCAUUGAAAGCAUUAUGAGCAGACCCCCUCCUGCAGGUCAUCAGAACCCAAAUCCGCAGCAAAGCCCUCACAGCUCUCCUGGUUAUGGACACAUCGUGUCGGGCCCCACUGCGUAUCUGUUACCGACUCUCCUGCAGCCCCCCAGGACCCCGUUCUGCCCCCCUCCCACUAUGAACACCGCUGCUUUAUUAAAUGAGCAUCUUCGGCUUUCUUUCCCUCGCUGCUGAGACUUUUGUUCUUGAAACUUUACAUUGUGUGUUUGAUGCUUUAUUGCGAUAUGUCAUAUGUCGUGUAGGUCAUUUCUUAAAGAAAUGUUUUAAUUGCAUGAUAUUUAUGUGAGUCGACGUUCAGAACAUGUCCUAACAGUAAUGUAAAUAAGAGAAGUUGUAAUAUAUUUGUGACAUGUUAAAUGG